AUGUUACUAGAACAGCUAAUAGAGGAAGUACGCAGGUAUCCUUGUCUCUGGAAGAAAAAUCUGGACGAAUAUCGAAACCAGAACAUACGUGACAAUGCAUGGGUCAACAUUUCAAAAGAAUUGAAAAAGCCAGUGGAUGAACUGAAAGGUGAAUGGAAGAAGCUACAGGAUUCUCACAAACAAGCUACAUUAAGAAGGAAGGCAAAAAGUGGACAGGCUGCUAAGAAAAUGAAACCUUGGAAAUACGAAGAAGUUAUGUCUUUUCUUUUAUCCGAGUCAACUCCACGUGAAACUUACACUAACGUCAAUAAUUAUGAUGGCAAUGAUACUGUCGCGGACUUGACAGAUGAAGAAAAUCAAAUUGAAGAACAUAGCCAAAAUGAAGAAAACGUAGAAUUAACAUUGUCAAAUAAUAUAGAAAGUGAAACUCAAAAGAAAAAACAUAAUUUUGUUGCAAGCAAAAAGAAUGUAAGCAAAGAAAGUGAUGUUGACAAGAUAAUAUCAUUUAUUGGAAACAAAAAUCAAGUGAAAAAACAGCCAGGAGAACUAGAUUUUUUCUUUGCUAGUGCAUGUGAGAGUACAAAACGACUUCCUCGACGUUUGCAACUGAGAAUCAAGCAAGAAGUUAUGCGGGCAAUUAUAAAUGCAGAAACUGAAUUCUUGGACCAACCGUCUGCUACUCCAACAUCCUCUAUCGUCAGUACUGAAACACCGGGUCGUGGCACAGUGGUUAGGUUAGACACACCUUCACCGGUCAGUCAAAUAAUACCUGCUCCUAGUCAAACAUUCUUUCACCCAUCAACUUCAAAUCAAGUACAAGAAAGUGCAUCGAAUGUGAUGUAUGAAAACGCGAAUUUUUGUGGUGACUCGCAACAACAGAGUUACUAUUUAAUUUAAUUAAUCA